CGAAUCGCUUAACGGUUAGACGACAAAUUUUAGUGAAGCUUCAAAAGUUUAUAGAAAGUUGAUCAAUUGUGCGCGAAAAAUGUCGGAAAUUGAGAUAUUCAACGACUCGAUCCAGUUCGUGUGUGACCUGUGCUCGCUGCGGUACUCAACGUUCGAGAUCCUGAUGACGCACAACCGGAUCAAGCACUACCACUCGAUCCGGUUCCGGUGCGGCUUUUGCAACGAAGCGUUCAUGAACGAGGACGACCUGCACUGCCACUUUAUACUGACCCACCGCGUGGAUCCGUACAACCUGGAGAGCAGUCAGAUGGUGUGCCACAAAAAGUCCCUGCACCAGAUGAUGCUCUCGGAGGACGAGAAGCGCCGGAUUAUGACCCGCUGCGAUAGCUUGGAGGACGACGACGGGGAGAGUGGCGACUCGGACGGUUCGGAUGAGGACGAUUUGGACGAGCUGGAGCUGAACUACAACGAGUUGUUCAAGAAGCGGAAGCAAAGUGCGAUGACCCAGGAGGAGAUUAUGGAGUUGGCGGACGUGUUCAAGAAGUCGGCCCAGGGCAUGUGUAUCUCCAAGAUGCAUCUUUGACCGAGGUGUCCAGAACUAGGGGAAGUGCUAAUUUUUUGUGGGGGUUGUUUUCGAAGUUCGAGGCAGCUCACUGUGUAAAUAUGAUCUAUAUAAGUUACUGAUAAUUGGAAGAUAAGCCCAAGUAGUCUUGUAAGGUUUGUAAGAUGAAUCCCGACGUCAGACUGUUUGUCGAGAAAGUGUUAAUUUAAUCAAUAAAUCGGGAUGUUUUUCAUA